AUGGAACUACUUCAAGCAAGCAUCAUCUAUGAAGAUACUGCUUUAGAGAUCUGGAAUGAUUUGAGGAAUUGUUUUGCUCAAACUAAUGGACCAAGAGUCUUCAAUCUUCAAAAGGAGAUUGCUGAGCUUCAUCAAGGUGAGGUGUCUAUAACUGAUUUCUUUACUCAAUUGAAGGUACUGUGGGAUCAGUUACAGAAUUUAAGUCCUUUCCCUUCGUGCACUUGUGGAAAAUGUGUAUGUAACAUAAAUAAAAGGCUUAAUGAUUUACAAGACAGAGAGCCAGUAAUGAAAUUCUUGAUGGGAUUGAAUGAAUCAUUCUCCCGAGUCAGGACUCAAGUUUUGCUUAUGGAUCCAAUUCCAUCUCUUAGUAAGGUUUACUCCUUGUUGAUUCAAGAAGAAACCCAAGGAUCAGUCACAAAUUCAUCAGUUGUUAAGGUUGAUUCUAUUGCUUUAGCUGCUAAAAUGCCAAAUGUUAAUGAAAAUUUUGGUACCAAUCUUGCUGGUAAUGGUUCUAGUAGCAAAAGUAAAGACAAAUCAGUUUGUACUCAUUGUGGUAAAACUGGUCACACAGCAGGCAAGUGCUAUAGGUUUCAUGGUUUCCCACCUGGCUUCAAGUUCAAGAAUAAGAAUGCAAUGGCUCAUCAAGUCUCAGUCUCUCAGCCUCAAGAAUUGAUGGUAAACACAAGCACCAACAACUCAGUGUUUACUCCUGAGCAAUGUCAACAACUUCUAGCUUUGAUUGCUCCUUCCUCUCCAUUUGUUUCUACAGUACAAGCAAAAGAAAUACCUUUGACAAAUGGAGUGUCUUGUUCUGCCAAUGCUAUGUCAGGUAUUAUUCUUUCUCAUUUUGUUUUCUUUGCUAAAGUGGUGAACAGAAGGGCUUUUAGUUUAGAUACUUGGGUCAUUGAUACUGGAGCUACUGACCAUAUUGUGUAUUCAGUGAGUUUAUUGUCUUCCAUAACUGCUGUUACUAAUGCUAUAGUUCAAAUGCCUAUAGGGAAAUUGCUUCAGUGA